AUGCAGAACGAGCGCUUUGACUACCUCGUGCUGAGCUACAUGUGGGGAACUAAUCACACGCAACAACUUCGGCUCCUCCGAUCCAACCUUAAUUCCUUCCAAAAAGAGGUUCCACGCGCAGAGUUCGAAGCUUCCGAUGUGUACAAAGAAGCGAUCCGCGUCACUCUUGCUCUAGGCUACCAGUAUAUCUGGAUAGAUAGUCUAACCAUCAUCCAAGAUUCACCGGAAGACUGGGCCUACGAAGCACGUCGCAUGGCCAUCGUCUACGGAAACGCAACUGCGAACCUCGCCUUUCUGUUUCCACCGCACUCGCCUAAGAAACCACGCCAACGCGAUGACCCACGGGUUUGGAAUCCAUGCAUCUUACGCGCUCCAUCUUCGCAAGACCCAGGCGUAUACAUCGAACACACAAAAUCUUCUUUACGCCGGGAAUACUCCCCCAAGGAAAAAGCGCAAGACUGGCUCGUCCAGCGCGACUGGCCUCUCUUCAAUCGCGCCUGGACAUUCCAAGAGUACCUCCUCGCCCCACGUACCCUUCUUCUCGGCCAUAAGAAUCUCAUGUGGCAGUGCUCAGAAGGCUUCUACGAUGAACUCCUCGGUCCAAUAGCAUCCACACAUCUCAACACGCCGCAAGAUCCGAAACGAGGCAAGGAUCGAGGGAAAUCACGGUACUUUCCUGACAGCAUACAGGAGAUGAGUGCUUAUGGGCGACGAGGUGCUUUGUCUGAACCCGCAGUUCUGUCCUUCAUGAUCGACUGGCAAAAUCUAGUUGACGAGUAUCGAAGUCGCAAGCUGUCGUUUGGCAAAGACAGAAUCAUGGCUUUUGCGGGUAUAGCAAGGGCGUUCUCCAAUCUAGGCCAACUGACUUACCUCGCGGGGUUAUGGAAAGAAGUCCUACCUGUCGCUAUGCUAUGGUACGUUGACAAGAAGAUGCCGCCGCUCGUGCGUCGCGAGAAUUCAUUACCAAAUGGCGAGUUACCCACUUCGACAUGGACAGCGGAGAUCACAGAACCUGUUAUACAAACCACACUACCGAGCUGGUCGUGGUUCUCAGUACCCAUAUAUCGGUUCUAUCAACUGUACUUUCUCUUUGCCGACGACGAGCUGUUUGUGAAGUGUAAGAGUAAUUCCGACCCGAGGCUUGUGUGCUGGAAAGAUAUUUUCUGGGCCGAAGUGAAGAGUUUUAAGUUUACUGGUCAUUCGCAAGAUCGAGUGCCGGAGGCUAGUUUGUUCGACUUCGGAGGCUUGUCGGUUACGAUUGCGACGUUAGUCCUGCCCGUGAAGGCGGAUUGGCCAGCUGACAUGGCGGCGCAAAUGCGACGGCUGCAGUGUACUCGGGCCCUGCAAGGCGGUACCGCGGGUUCUUCUGGGCAUAGCUGGAGCUGGGAGCCAGUGCUAGAGUACUAUCCUGAUGAUCCAGCGGGUCGUGUCUCGCCACCUCGAAAUGCCAUAUAUGCGUUGAUGGCAGAGUUCCAGGUCGUAAGGACAGCGGGGAGAAAGACUAUACAGCGUCGCUUGGCUGGGCUGAUGCUGGUACCUGGAUGCAAAGAGGGGACCUGGAGGAGAGUGGGAGUGUGGAAGCUCAGGAUCAAUGUGUUAGAUGUGCAUGUCAAUGGGGAGAAUAUCGCGGAAGUUGCGAAACGAUGGAGAGAUAUGGAUGUGGUGUCGUCAAAGUGGCAGCAUGUGCUUAUCACUAUGACCUAA